CGGCGCAGCGCGGCCAUGGCGGCGGCGGCUCGGGGCGCGGUGUCGGGGAUCCUGCGGCGCUGGGCGCCCCGGGCGCUCCCGCUCUCCGCCCUCCCCGCCAGGUGUGUCGGGCACGGACCGGCCCCGGCCCCGCUCCGGGCCCCGCUCUGGGCACCGCGGCCGCUCGGAGGGAACCGGCCCCAGACAGCGGCACCCUCGGUGCUCAGCAGUGUCACACCUCUACUUCCAAGUAUACUCCAGCAGCCAGCGAGGACUCUCACCUACUACGGCCUACGGAAGGGGAAGAGGAAAAGCGUGAAAGCCGUUGUCAAAAGGUUCCUCCGGCUGCACAAUGGCCUCUGGGUUAGGAGAAAGGCUGGUUACAAGAAGAAACUGUGGAAGAAGUCGGCUUCCCAGAAGAAGCGUCUGAGGGAGUUCGUGCUGUGCAACAGAACACAGUGUAAACUCCUGGAUAAAAUGACCACUUCCUUCUGGAAAAGGAGGAACUGGUACGUUGACGAUCCCUACCAGAAAUAUCAGGAUCGCACGAAUCUUCAGGUGUAGAAACCUCAGGUUGGUUUUUGCCCCUCUCUAGGAAGGAGGGAGUGGUUGUGUGCCAUGGUCUGAAUGUUGGAACAUAAAUGUCCAAUGCCUGUAACUUUUCUAAAUAAACAUGUGCAUAUCAUGUGAGUGGAAUUAUGGGAAUCAAUGCCCAAAAUAAAGGAAUAUCCAAUAUUCUCUUCA